AUGUCUACCACGCGGUCCCACAGACGCCUCCGCCGUUCACCUCCUUCGCCUCCGCCUCCGCCUCCGCCUCCGCCUCCAGCCCACAUCUUGGCCCUACCGACAGAAGUACUCGUCGAAUGCAUAGAACAAGUUCCCCUACUCGAUCCAAGUAAUCGUGUACGGCCAUUGAUACUCCUGUCCUCGAUUUGCCGCUUAUGGAGGACGACGUUGCUUUCCGCAAAAUGCUUGUGGCGUCGAUUCGCUUUCACCCUUCCACGCCACGUCCAGCCAGUCCUAUUCGAGCUUAUGAAGCGGGCGUAUCCGGUUCCUAUGGACUUGACGAUCACGGUGUGGAUGCGUUCGUUAUGGGAUGGGACUGAGGAAGAUGUGGCCAAGAUGGAUGCGCUCCCGGCAGGACUCUUCGCGGAUAAAGUCCGUGUGCGUAACCUGCGUUUGCGCGUAUCCAUCGACGACGAUGCAAGUAGAAUCAAAAAGGUCGUGGGCUUGCUUGGAUCAAACGCAUUUUCGGACUUGAAAUCGCUCCACAUCGAGCGGAUCACUCGGAGAUCAGGAACAGAACCAAAGGAUGGGGUCGUCGCAUUGGACGCGUUCUCGACGUUGGCACCGCGCCUUGGUAAUUUAUACGUUUGUCACCUGCUCUGGUCUGGCUGGCCGUGUUCUCCGCUGGUCAAUUUGACCGUACUCGAGCUCGACUGGUCCACUCAAUACCACGGCGCCGAAGAAUGGCGCAAGCUGUCUCUCUGCCAAAACCUCAAGCAGUUGUGUCUACACAUUCGCUGGGAGUGGUCCCCGAUUGAUCACGACUACGCAGAAGUCACCUUCUCUCGGCUCCAGAAGCUGGUCGUCCACUGCACGGGCCGCUCUGCCUCCAGUCAAGUCGGCGCUGAGUUGUUCGAUCUCAUAGCCUGCCCUUCCCUGCGGGUUCUCCAUUUUCAUACCCCCAAUGGCUGUAAUUGGCCGUUUAGGGACGCUAUAUUGGAAUCCGAACGCACAUUCCCUCACGUCAAGAGCUUGCGGAUCGACUGGGAUCAUACCAGUACCGAUUUGUCUCCGUACUUCCCAGCUCUCUACGAGCUGCUUAUUACCCCUAGCUACGGCGACACGAAAUCGGUCAUGAACCGAGUACAAGGGGCACUAAUUGGGGGGUGGCCACGCUGUCGCGUGCUUGACUUGCGAGAGAAUGCCUGCAUCCGCUGCGUCCGGGACGAGCUGACGAAGAAACGAAACGCCGGCAAACCUAAGCUCAAGCUCAUCCUUCCCACUUGGGCCCCGGAAUGGUGCAAGGAACAAGGCUUUUGGCAAUGGCUGUCAGAGAAGGCGCUAGUAACCGUCUCCGGCAUGAAAUAUCUCUGA